AAAAAUUUAAUUGAAUAAGUUCCAAAAAAAACGAGAGUUAUCAGAGGGGGUUUAAUAUUUAUAUAAAGAAAAUAAAACACUAAAAGAUGAAAGAAGAUAGCUGUGUUGCUCUUUUUAUCGCCAUGUGUUCUUCUUCUUCUUCUUUUUAAAAUGUUUUUUCUUUUUCUUUGAGUGGAGAGGAGAGUAGUAGUAGUAGUAGUACUAAAUGAGCUUAGAUUUCCAGAUCUAAUCACGCCGUCGUGGUCAUGAGAUUUUUGUGAGAAAGCAAAAGCCCUUUUGUCGUUUUUUUUAAAAUUUUUAUUGGCUCUCUUAUUUUUGUUUUGUUUUGUUUUUGUCGGUAAGUUGUUGAGAUUUUCAAAAAUUCAAAGAAGAAGAGAAGAAAGAAGUAAGAUUUGAGUGAGCGAGAGAGAGAAGAAAUACCUACACAGGAAUGGGUCAUUACGCAACAGUAGUGUGGGAUCAAAAAGAAGCUACUGAGAUUAUCAAAGAUUGGAAUGGCAUUGACCAAGUCCUUCUCAGAAACCCACAUGGUGCUUCUGCUAAGAUUAGUUUACAUGGAGGGCAAGUGAUUUCAUGGCGGAAUGAACAAGGCGAAGAGCUUCUUUUCACUAGCAACAAGGCUAUAUUCAAACCCCCAAAAUCAAUGCGUGGAGGGAUUCAGAUUUGUUAUCCUCAGUUUGGGGAUUGUGGAUUGUUGGAUCAACAUGGGUUUGCCAGGAACAAAAUCUGGGUUAUCGAUGAGAAUCCACCUCCUCUUCACUCCAACGAAUCAUCCUCUGUCAAAUCUUUUGUUGAUCUUCUUUUGAAACCUUCUGAAGACGACUUGAAGCAAUGGCCUCAUAGUUUCGAGUUCCGUCUUCGGGUUUCGCUUGCUGUUGAUGGCGACUUAACCUUAGUUUCUCGGAUCCGAAACAUCAAUGGCAAGCCCUUUAGCUUCUCUUUUGCAUAUCACACUUACCUCUCUGUCUCUGACAUCAGUGAAGUGAGAGUUGAAGGGUUGGAGACACUCGACUACUUAGACAACCUCAGCAAAAGAGAGCUUUUGACAGAACAAGGCGAUGCAAUAACCUUUGAAUCCGAGAUGGACCGGACUUACCUUAGAUCACCAAAGGUAGUUGCAGUUCUUGAUCACGAACGAAAAAGAACGUAUGUUAUCGGAAAGGAAGGACUUCCAGACACUGUUGUAUGGAAUCCAUGGGAAAAGAAAUCGAAAACAAUGGCGGAUUUUGGUGAUGAUGAGUACAAAAGCAUGCUCUGUGUGAAUGGUGCAGCAGUUGAGAGACCAAUCACUUUGAAGCCAGGAGAAGAAUGGACUGGCCGGCUUAUGUUGACCGCGGUUAAAUCUAGUUUCUGCUUCGAUCAGCUCGAACUACAGAGCAAAGGAUUCUGAUUCUCUGACUUGGAUUCCAUCCUAAAGAAAAUAUGCUUGUUCCAUUGCAAGUUUCUGCAGCUUUUUUUGUACUGCAACAUUGGAAAAGCAGAAGCACCGUUUUUUUUUUCUUCCCUAUUUUGUUGAUUCUCGUUUUUCUCAGUAGAAGCUUAUGAGCUGGUGAUUUCUCAAACCAGUCUCGUGAUGUAGGUGACAGAACAAAAAAAUUGCCUCUUCUCCUCGGCUAAUGUACGAAUUUGAGACAAGGUUUGUUUUAAAUGUGACUA